AUGAACCCGACAACCCCCUCUGCCCUCCGCACCUUUGCGCGCCAGGGCGACCCCGAGAACGACCCCCAGGGAAAUUUACUCCCCUACAAGCACCAUACCCCUUCCGUUGCCAACAUGGUGCUAAGAAAAUUUCAAACAAACGCCCUCCAAAGGCUGUGCACCGAGGAGCAACUCGAUCUUCUCAAUUCCAUUGACAGCCUUCGUUCCCAGGGUAUCAGUCACUACAUUUCUUUACCACAGAUCAUCGUCUGUGGAGAUCAGUCGUCAGGAAAGAGCUCGGUAUUAGAGGCAAUUUCAGGUGUCUCGUUUCCAGUAAAGAGCAGUUUAUGUACAAGGUUUCCCACAGAGCUGGUACUCAGAAAGAGUGUUCAAGUGGGGGUACGUAUUUCAAUAGUACCUCAUCACUCUCGCAGCGAUAUCGAACGAGACUCACUAGGGAACUUUUGUGAGCAGCUGGAAGAUUUUGAAGGUCUCCCUGCUCUUAUCGACAAUGCAAAAGCGAUAAUGGGAAUAACAACGUACGGUAAAGCGUUUUCAAAUAACUUACUUCGAGUUGAGGUAUCAGGCCCAGACCGUCCUCACUUGACUAUUGUUGACCUUCCGGGCCUUAUACACUCCGAAACUAAACAGCAAUCAUUUUCUGAUAUCCAGCUCGUGCAGGAAGUUGUUCGGACGUAUAUGAAGGAGCCGCGGAAUAUUAUCUUCGCUGUUAUAUCCGCUAGGAAUGAUUUUGCCAAUCAAAUCGUGCUGAAGCUGGCUCGGGAUGCCGAUAAAUCUGGAAAUCGGACAUUGGGAGUCAUCACUAAGCCAGAUACGCUUGUUCCAGGAUCGGAGAGCGAGUCCAUGUUUCUUUCACUGGCAAAAAAUCAGGAUGUCGAGUUUCGCCUGGGAUGGUAUGUCCUCAAAAACAUGAAUACUGAAAAGGGAGACUGGACACUGGCUGAUAGAGACCGAGAAGAGAUGCUAUUUUUUUCCGCAGGCGCCUGGGAAGACCUUCCAAGAUCCUUUAUAGGUGUUGAUAGUCUUCGCUCUCGCCUGAGCAAAGUGCUUCUCGGACAAAUUACCGCAGAGCUGCCAAGUCUGAUUAAAGAAAUUCGAGAAAAGGCCGACAAUUGCAGAUCUGAAAUUAUGAAACUUGGGGAGCCUCGGACAUCUCUCGACGAGCAAAGGUCCUACCUCCUACACAUCAGCCAGUCGUUUCAGAGCUUGGUCAAAGCCGCUGUGGAUGGCACUUACAAUGAUCCUUUCUUCGGAUAUGUGCACGUUGAGAAUGGAUUGGAAAAACGACUACGUGCGGUAAUUCAAAACCUUAAUGAACAAUUUGCCGACCGUAUUAGCCGCAGAGGCCAUUAUCGCCGGCUAUGUGAGGAAAGUAUUACCAAGCAAAAUUCUAACGACCAGAUUCGCAUCACACGGGCGGAAUAUACUGCCUAUAUUGGGUCACUUCUAAGAAAAACCAGGGGCCGCGAGCUGCCUGGCACAUUCAACCCUAUGAUUGUCCGUGACCUGUUCUUGGAGCAGUGUGGUCCUUGGGAGAAGCUGACUAGAAGUCAUAUUAAAAAUGUAUGGUCAUCCGCAAGAGAUUUUCUAGUCCUUGCUGUUCGCUAUAUCGCAGAUAACGCCACUUCUACCGCGCUGGUUGACGGAAUUAUUUUCCCUAUUUUUGAUUCUAUUUGGCAGCAGAUGGAGCAAAAGACUACUGAGCUGCUAGUACUGCACAAGAUAGGCCAUCCGAUUACAUACAAUCAUUAUUUUACAGAGAACCUGCAAAAGAUCCGUGCAGAGCGCCGUGAAGGUGAACUUGGCAAAAUUAUCGGGCAAUUUUUUGGUGUAAAUGAUCUUCACGAGCCUUACUUUACGGAAAGGUCAAUCGAUCUCAACCAACUUCUUCAAUCGCUUCUGCGGCAAUCAGAACCAGAUAUGGUAAACUUUGCUUCAGCCGAGGCGUUAGACUGCAUGCUGGCAUAUUAUAAGGUUGCUUUAAAACGUUUUGUUAACGAUAUUGCAAAUGAAGCCGUGGAAUCCAAAUUGAUGAUGGCCUUGCUCAAUAUUUUCUCUCCAGUAGCUGUAUUUAAUAUGCACGGCAAAAUGGUUACGCAGAUCGCUGGCGAGUCGGAAGAAAAUAGCACUCUCCGCGACCAACUCAACAGAAAACUGCAGGUUCUAAAUCGCGGAUCUGAAACCUGCCAGCAGUUUGUGGGUGUUGGAGGUUACGAAGCAAAGAUUGUGGGCAUGUCCGGCCAGCCUUCAAGCACAUUACACGAUAUCCAUGUAGAUCCUGAGGAUGAGGUGCAAUCUGUUACGGAAUCUUCCAACCAUUCCCUAGAGCGAGAACACACAUGCGCGGAACCAGAGCCUAUCGAUGACGAGGAAUUGAAGUUAGUCUCAAAGACGGCAGAGACGAACUCUUCUAACAAAUCUCCAGAAGCUAUUGAGCCGCACGAAUUUUCGUUUCCAGUUCUUUCCACCACUUCUACUCGGAAGAGCAAAAAAAUCAGCAAAAAGGGAAAUAACAAGAAACAAGAUGGAGCUUCAUAUCGAGGAACAGUUGUCCGAGGUCCUGGACCAAAGAAUGGCCAACGCUAUGCCCUCGUCAAGGCCAGGAACGUCGACAGCAAUGCUAUGUUUCUGUUAAAGAUGCGCUACCAGCUUAACCCGGAACGUUUCGAUUUCGUUGGUAAGGACGAGAUCCUGCAGAUCGCUUGGGAUCUCUUUUGCGCCGAGGUCGAGGCGGCCAAGCUCCUGACUGGCCGGCAUAAGGACGUAGCUCGCACACAUUCUGGAGAAAAUGCGCCAGAAUGGUUACAACUGAUCCAGCAACACCCCAGCUAUCUGAAUUACGACGUGCGCACCAACAAGCUCUAUCUGGUCGACUUGGCGGGCCUUGGAUUCACCGACCCUAACAGCAGAACAUCGUGUCUGAUCGACGAGGAGAGUCCUUACGUCGAAGCGUUCAACCUUUGGCGGGCGCCAUAUAAAAAUCCCGAGAAAGCCUCCGAGCAAGCAGCAAAAACACCAUCAUCUGACAAACCCGCCGGGAAGAGACCACCAUCCGACUUUACUAAGAAGGAAAACUGGGCCCCAUGA